UGGUCGGCUCUGCCUGUCAAUAGCGGUGCAGCUCCUCCUCUCAGUGAAACAGCAGUGUAGCAGGCAGAGAGAGUAAAUACAAAAAGCCCCAAGAUGGCGGAGUCACUGAGCUUCAUGCGCAUAGCAGCUACCGACAAAAACCCGCUCCAGAAACCCAAGGAAACCAAAGGAGCCCCGGAUAUCAUACCGCAGUCUUCCCGGGAUCACCACCCCCCGCCGCCCAAAAAAGUCCGAAAUGAGGAGAAGAGCCUUAAAACCAAGAAACUCAAUGGAGAAGGAAGUCGAGGUGGUGCAGUCGAGAAGCAGCAGCACCAGAAACAGAGUUAUGGCAGCCCAACAACAUGGAGCUUCAAUGCUAUUAAGACGAACACUCCGACUCAGCCGACCCAGACUUGUCUCCAUAAAGUCUUCACGCCCAGCGCCUUUCAGUCAACCUCCAACACGCCUAAAAAGCCCAAGGAGAAACGGGAGAAGGAAAAGGAAAAAAAGAAACACAAGCCAGUUCCAGAUAAUAACAGCGUUGCUGGUAUGAAGAAGGAAAACGGGGAGGUGAAGUUGGUGCAGAAAGAUCAGAAUAAUAAAGAAAAGGAGAAAGAUAAAGACAAGAAGAAACACAAAGUUAUGAAUGAAAUUAAGAGGGAAAAUGGAGAAGUGAAAUUGCUGCAGAAAGGAGACAAGGAAAAGCCAAAAAUAAACACAGAAGAGCUGCAGAUCAAAAAAGUUAAGAAGAAAAAGAAAAAGAAACACAAAGAAGCUGAAAAAAGAAAACGGCCCAAAAUGUACAGCAAAUCCAGUCAGACCAUAUGCUCAGGGCUUGGAUCUGACACUAUUGGGGAAGGAGCCAAACCAAGCAAAGGGGAGGAGCGUGACACCAAACCACCAGCCCACCUCUUCCAACAGGAUCCCAGCAUGGAGAAAAAGCACUGCUGUCCACCCAAUGCCAAGCCCCCUGAAAGCAGGGUCCCUCCCUUCAUCUCCUUAAAGAAACCCAAGGUUCAGACCCAGAUACCAGGGUUGGACAACUUGGAGUUCAAAAGCUUAAUUCACGUAGAGCAGCAGCCUAAUGGAGGGGCCUUAGUAGUGCAUGCUUACAGCAAAGAGCUAUCUUGUUUGUCUCCUAUGGAGAUGCAGAGGUUUGCUGAAGAGUUUGUUACACUGUCGUUUAGUGAAGAUGAGAAUUGUGCAGCUUAUUACGUAAUGGGUAUAAUUCACGGGGCAGCUAUGUACCUACCAGAUUUCCUGGACUACUUUUCAUUCAACUUUCCGAACUCUCCGGUGAAAAUGGAAAUCUUGGGAAAGAAAGAUAUCGAGACAACUACUAUGUCAAACUUCCAUGCUCAGGUAAAAAGAACCUACUCGCAUGGAACGUACCGAGCUGGUGCGAUGAGACAGAUCAGCCUGGUGGGAGCUGUGGACGAAGAAGUAGGAGAUUACUUCCCAGAAUUCAUCAGCAUGUUAGAAGACUCGCCCUUUUUAAAACAAACAUUACCCUGGGGAACUUCUUCUAGUCUUAAACUAAAGAGCCCUACAGACAGCGAUGACGGGCCCAUCAUGUGGGUACGUCCUGGAGAGCAGAUGAUUCCUGUAGCUGACAUGCCAAAAUCACCUUUUAAAAGGAAAAGGACUACCAAUGAAAUCAAAAACCUCCAGUACCUACCUCGGGCCAGCGAGCCCCGUGAGAUGCUGUUUGAAGACCGAACUCGGGCCCAUGCGGACCACGUAGGGCAGGGCUUUGAGCGCCAGACCACUGCAGCAGUGGGGGUCCUCAAAGCAGUACACUGUGGAGAGUGUCCUGAUCCACCUCGAAUAACCAAAGAUGUGGUUUGCUUUCACGCUGGAGAUUUCUUGGAGGCAGUGCAAAGACUGCAGUUGGAUCUGCAUGAACCCCCACUGUCACAGUGUGUACAAUGGGUCGACGAUGCAAAGCUUAACCAGCUUCGACGGGAAGGAAUCCGCUAUGCUAGGAUCCAGCUUUACGACAAUGACAUUUACUUUAUACCCCGCAAUGUUGUGCACCAGUUCAAAACGGUCUCGUCCGUCUGCAGCUUAGCUUGGCACAUCCGCUUGAAACAAUAUCACCCAGAGGCAGAGGCGUCCAAUAAUUCCAAUGAAUCCGUAGAAGGGACAGAAACAAAAGCACCUCUAGAACCCAGUGGUGUCAAUGUAGAGGCCAGCGAGUGUACAGCAAGCACCAAUACCUCUGUAGACUUUAAACCUCAGCAACAAAGAAAAGAUCCUAAGGACACUAAGCUUCCAGAAAUCAAAGUGGAAGCUGGAGACUUGCUUCUGGAAAAGAACCCAAAGCCUGCAGAGGUCACACAGCCACAAAGCAAAGUGAAAUCCCAGCACUCGGAAUGUCGAACCACUUCAGCAAAGCAUCCGCACAGUGUGCUGGCAGAGACACAGACAGAAGUCAGUACCCCAGAAUCUCAGUGCAGGAACGAGAGAUCAAAGGACAUGCUCUACACAAAAGCUCCUGAGGACACAAGGCCGCACCCUUCAGUAAAACACCACCUGCAUGAGCAGCAGAAAGACUUUUUAUACUAAUUUGUACAUACUGUUUUUAAAUCUUUGUUUUUAUGAUCUUCAGCAGUGUGGUGUACUAUAUGGAAUAUGUAAGCUCUGUGGGGCAGGCUUGUGACUUGCUCUCUACUCUGUUACCGAACGAAUACAUAGCAAAUGUAGCUUGUAACACAUUCCUCAGUGCCUGUCCGUAACUGUGAACUAUCAAAGCACUUAAGGCCAGCUGCACUGUUACACUGCAGGUUUGAAUUAAACAGGUCCUUAAAUAAUAUAUUUUUAAGUUGUAGGUUUUAGAUGUAUUAGAGCUGACAUGAACAUAUAUAUUUUUUGUAAGAUGAGCCAGAAUUCUUUUGAUGACUCCGGGCUUUUCCAUAGAGCUUAUUUAUAUCAAAUUGGUUUCCAUUUGAAAUGUGUCAGCACUGUAGUGUAAAUAACUUCUUUUUUUUUUUUUUAAACUUGUAGUGUGGUUUAUACUUAAAUAAGAACCUCCUAAUAAAAGGUUCAGAAAAAUGGAAUGUUGUUGAAACAAGGGCUACACUGAACAAUCCAGUCCAUAAGAUUAAGUGACCCAAAGCAAGAUAGGUUCAUAUGGCUGAUUUAAUGCUCUUCCAUGAUCAUGAUACACCAAGAGAUGCAUAAUUGUCAUUUUUUGUGUAGAAGAAUAUGAAUACUGUAGAGGGGGGAAAGGUAGAGCAGGUUGUGUAACCUUUUAGUUUGACGGUCUUGUUAAAAGAACACCAUGUAAGACUUUCUAACAAUGUGUACCCUGUAACCCCAUGUUAAAUAUAGGCGGCAUUCCUUGUAUCAUGUUAUGUUUGCAAGUGUAAAUUAAUUUAUUUACUUAAGGCAAUUUUUCAUAAAUUCACUCCAUUAUUAAGGUUGAAAAAAACUAUUUUUUAUAAGUGAAAUGCUAAGAUCAGCAUUGUAGUUAGUCUAAGGCAUCUGUUUCUACAUAGUACAUCUAUGUAACAAAAGUAAAGUUUUUAAAAAUGUACACAUCGAUGUAAAUAUCUAAGUUCAACUGAAUUUUGUUAUUUAAAUGUGUAUUUUAAACUUUUUUUUUUUUUUGCCCAUCCUGUGCCCAGCAGUUUAACCAUCUCUGUACAUAUACAUGUACUGUGUACAAAGACAGGUUGAGAGUGAAACGUUAAAUGUAUCGGGCUAAAGAUUAAAGUUGUUGGGUGUAGAAGACAAUUUUACAUGAACUCCAAUUGCAUAAACUAUACUCCCAUGCAAACAGAAUCUAUAUAGUUACUGCCUUAGAAAAAAUAUUGAUAAUGGAGCGAAUUAAGUGUCAAAAACAAGUAAAAAGCUUAAUUAAACUUUGGUGGAUUGAGGUUCAGCUAGUUCGCAUCAGAAUAAUAAAUAUUUAGAAAAGAAUUGUACUCCUAUCAGCAGUUCAUCCUCUUUUCCACCCUUAAUCUAUACAUUUUCAAUCGCAAUUCAGCUUUGCUGCUGCCUUUUAUUUAUAUUUGGUUUACAUGUUACAUUUCAAGGAUCAUUUUUUUUUUUUUUUUAAUGAACUGUUAAAGGGGGAAGGGGGUUCACCACCCUGCAUUAAGUUCUUAGUAAACCCAGACUCGGCUUCCAGGUUAUUUUGUAAUUCUUCAAAAUACUUGAUACAGUUGUGUAAUUUGAGGACAAAAACAGGUAACCGUGGCCGCAGAUGUACAUAUGCAAGAUCUGUAGACCUAAAUGUGAUUUAAUUUAGGUCUAGAUUCUCUUAAUUCAGAUCAGAACCAAUUGUUAAUCAUGCCAGUUAUUUAGCAGCAUACCAGCUAUGACCAAGAUAGAAAGUGUAUACAAUUGAUACAAACAGAUGGAAUGUAAAGUUUCUUACAUGUCUAAAUUAUUAAACGUGUUUCAGCUUUGG